AUGGGCGAAUCCCAGAUAGACAUAAUCGACCUCACCCGCGAGGACUCUCCGAUACCAGAAGAGGCUCCAAGUCAAAAGAGGAAAAGAGAGGGGAGGAAUGGGGAAGGAAAGCACGGUCAUCGGCGAGAGGAAAGAGAAGGUCGCAGACAGAAACGUGGACAUUCUCGCGAGAGGAACAUCAUGAAUACGAAACAACACGCCGAUUUCUUCUGUGUGGAUCUCGCUCCUGCCGAUAUCACUAUCGACAUUGCACAACCUAACGUUGCCAAUGGCAAGCACCUAAUACUCCCCGCCCAUGUUACUGUGUUUGGAGACACAACAGAGAUCACAUUACCGGCGAUAGAAUCGGACUCCGAACAGGAGGACUAUAUCGAAUACCUCGACUACAACGACAACCGCAAGCAUUUCGUGCGUUAUUACGAAGAAGACGAGCCGGAAGAUAACAAACGCACCAAAACUAUCUGCAAAAAGUGUGGCGAAGAAGGGCAUACCAAAGACAAAUGCACCGUCCUAAUUUGCCAGACAUGUGGUGCCCGGGAUGAACAUUCAACGCGUUCUUGCAACGUUUCCAAGCAUUGCUUCAGUUGUGGUAUGCGUGGUCAUGUCCGACAAGAUUGCCCCAAUUCCAAUGCUCAAAGUCGAUACGAACGUCUACAUGACUGUGAAAGAUGCGGUGCUCCCUCUCAUCUCACAAGAGAAUGUCCAACCUUAUGGCGUCUGUAUAACUACCUGACCGAGGCAGAGCACACCCAAGUUCUCCAAACGCGUAAAGAGAAGAAAGGACUGUCGUUGGGACAAGGUGGAGAAGGCUACAUUGCUGAAGAUGCUUGGUGUUAUGUUUGUGCGAAGAGAGGGCAUUUUGGUGAUGACUGUCAGCGUCGUGAAGAAAGGCCCUUGGAAUAUUCGGCCUUCAGCCACAAAAAUCUGUCCGACGGUCCAUUCAAGGUCUCUGAUCCAGAGCCUGGCAGUCCGAUGCGGGAUGAUUUCCUUGAUGCACCUCUCCCAGGCGGCGUCGAUAAUGUCGGGAAGCAAGGGCGGAAUAAAGAGAAAGAAAGGCUGGCGCAACGAGCCAAACAAGAUGAUGAAGUUGACCCUGACGACUGGUUCCAAAACGGACGAGGUGUUAGCAUUCGCGGGGCAGCAAAUAGAGAGCGUAUGGCGCCAACUGCUCCGCGUCGAAUGAGCCUGCCUAAAUCACUGGGCGAACGACUCGGCAAUGCACCCAUAGCGCAACACCAACCACAACGACACGAUAAUCACAACCAUUCCAAGUCCCGCGACCGCCAGGGCUCUUCUCGAGGUAAAGAACGUGACUAUAACCGACAACGAGAACGUGAUAGGGGUAGUAGAGACCGAGGACCUCGCUAUCGUGGUGGGUAUAGUCGAGACUGA